CAGAAAGGAGCAGCAGACUCUGAACCAGCCUGAGACCCUAAACACCUCACUAUGAUCUGCUUUCUACUAUUAACUCUGUUCGCUGUGGUGUCAGCGGACCGGCUGCCCCGCAGCUGCGGUACCUGCGACCCGAGUAAAUGCGCGCCGCUGCCGGCCGAGGGCUGCUCCUCCGGGACGCUGCUAGACGCGUGCGGCUGCUGCGAGCUCUGCGCGUCUGGGGUGGGAGAGCCGUGCGGCGGACGCAGAGCCUCAGCCAAGCGCUGUGCGUCCGGACUCGAGUGCGUCAAGAGCGACAAAAACGAAAAGAGUAAAUCAGGGGUCUGCGUGUGCAAGAGCAACUAUCCCGUGUGCGGCACUGACGGCGUGAACUAUAAAAGCGGCUGUGAGCUGAAAGAAGCAAGUGUGAAGGCAGUGAAGGAGAAAAAACCUGAGAUCAAGAUUCGGAACAAGGGCAAAUGCGCUCAAGCACCAGUUAUUGUAACAGCUCCAGGAGAGGUCUGGAACGUGACUGGCUCACAGGUCUUCCUAAGUUGUGAAGCCACCGGGAUACCCACACCUGUGCUCACCUGGAGAAAGGUAUCUAAUAGCAAAGAAAAGACUCCUCCACUCCCUGGAGACAAAGACAACCUGGCCGUCCAGACCCGCGGAGGCCCGGAAAAGCAUGAGGUUACUGGCUGGGUGCUAAUAUCUCCACUUACCAAGGAUGAGGACUGCUCCUACGAGUGUCACGCUAGCAACAUCCAGGGCGAAGCAUCGGCUGUGGGCUCCAUUCACGUGGUGGAUUCCAUCAAUGACAUUCCUUCCAAGAAGGGGAAGGAUGCUGAGCUGUAAGAGGACGUGGCCUCUGACUGAGAUGUUGAAACACUACACCUGUGCACUGAAGACAAGCAUUUAGCACAAUCACUGCUCUCUCACACCACCUGAACCACGAACAGCGGCUCCCACAUGGGCACUUUAUUCUGUAGAAGUUGCUCUAUGGAGAAAACUUGCUUUAUGUGAAAAAAGAGACUUCUUUAAUAUAGCUUAUAUCAAAAUACUUCUAUAUACAUACAAGGUGGAGAUCAAACAUAAAUGUUUAAGAAUUCAAUGAAAACCCCAUAUUAACAGGGCAUGACUCCGUCUAAAUUUUGAGGGGAACCUGUACCCUCUAAUUUUAUGAUUAAAGCACUAAAUGUUUCUUUUCCCCUCAUUUUUUCCAAUUGAUGAAAAUCCAUCGUAGACUCGCUGCAAUUAACGGAAAUCCGUCGUAGCGAAGGAGAACUUUAAUCCCUGUGUUCAGAGACACUCACAAAAAUCCAAAUAUACACUUUAUCUCACUCUACAAUGUGUCUGCCCACAUAACUUCGAUACUGUAAAGCGCCAACAGGGAUGACCUUCAGAUUGAUUUUUUUAAAGAGAUACACGCACUUGUACACAAGAACACAAACAUUCAGGCGUGCACACUUCAUAUUCACACUCACAUGCAUAUGAAGGCACUCAAAUAUCUCGUCUCCACUCAUCAUAUGCAUGUUUCGCUUCACUUCAUUUUUCAAGAUGUUUUUGAUGAUACAAAUUGUACUCAUCCCUUUUGUUGUUUUUUUUCUUAUGGUGGAUGUUUAUGGUGCUGAAAAACAGAUAUUUUGAGCGUCAACUAUUUGUGCACAAUUUGUGUUUUUAGACUUUUAGCUGUUCCUCCCAGGUUCAGUCAAAACAAAAAGCUUUAAGACUACUUCAUCUAAAUCAGGGUUUCUCAAAUGUUUUACUAUAAUGGGCCAAAAAUCAUACUUAAUUGAGAACCAUGGGCCGUAAGUAAAUGUUGCAUUAUAUCCAACUAGGUUUUAUUACAAUUUUAAAG